UAAGGCUGUGUGCUCUGUGUCUAAGGCCGCUGCUGUGUGUGUGUGGUCACUUCCUCUAUUUUCUUUCCCCCCGUGAGCCUGAGUUUAUAUUUGGAGGCAGGAUCAGACUUGCGUAAAUCAUUGAUCAGCCUGUUUUUGCACAGUUCCCUCUGUGUAUUAUAGUGUUGCAGUCUCCAGUUUCUUCUUCUGUUGGGCAGUUCAGGGUAAUGAGGAUAAAAUGCACGUAAUAACCAGAAGCUGUGUCCUAUUGUUCUGGAUGCAGACGCUGACCUUCGUCAGAAGUCAAGAUCCUCCUGAUGGCUGUACACUUCAAGAUUUUCGAAAUGGGCCCUUGUUUGAUUCCAAUUUCGACACAACUGGUCUGGAGGCCCGUUACCCCGCCGGGAAACAAAUAAGAGUGAGCUGCAGUAUUGGUUACAGUGGGUUUUUCAAACUGAGCUGUGUCGAGGGUGAAUGGAGGACGAGAAACACGAAAUGUCAACCGAUGUCAUGCGGUCAUCCCGGUGACGCCCCAUUUGCCGAUUUUCAACUGUCGGUAGGAGACGAUUUUGUCUUCGGAUCACAGGUUCUAUACACCUGCCACAAGGGGUAUCAAAUGGUCAGUCGGACUAGCCACCGGCGUUGCUUGUCAGUAGGCUGGGAUGGCGUUGUUCCGACGUGUGAAGCCCAACAGUGCCCAUUUAUCAAAGUGAACGACAACGUGCAGGUGAUCGGGGACCCGGAGGAAGCCAACUUUGGCAACGUUGUUCGAUUUAGCUGCAAGUCCAACUCGGAUGUCCUGAUUGGAUUACAAGAGAUCUACUGUAAUGAAAGGGGAGAGUGGAGCGGAGAAGCUCCGAUCUGUAAUAUGAUGCGUUGUCGGGUACCUUUGAUUGAAAAUGGCAGAGUGCCUGGAAACAUCCAAGAGUACAAGGAACAUGAAAUCCUGCGUUUCCAGUGCAAUCCAGGAUUCCAGCCCAGUGACGACAGACCCUCAAAAUGCACAAAACUCGGGUUAAGAGCCGGGUGGAACCCCACUCCUGAAUGUGAACCGACAACAUGCAAACUGCACCUGCCGCCACUCGAUGGAACCGAGUAUGACCCUUCUUCCAAAAACGUGUUUUCACCUGGGGACACAGUCACAGUGACAUGUGGACAGCGCCACUGGAUUUCUGACCAACUGCAAACAUCAACACUGGUCUCAUGCAAAGGGGAUGGACAGUGGUCUCUUAGACCCGUUUGCCAAGAGGUGACAUGCAGCAAUCGACGAGAUCCGCUCGUCUAUUGGUGGGACGUCUACCGGGGACAACAGUUGAAAUUGGGGGAUCGGGUUAGAUAUCAAUGCAAAUCAGGCUACAAGAGCAUGAAUGGUGCCACCAGUGCCGCCUGCACCAGAGAGGGCUGGAAACCAGAUCCAUUGUGUCAAGCUAUCACAUGUGACAGAGAAGAUAUCGAGAAUGCAGAUAUUAUCAACCCUCAAGACAAAUACAGGUUCAAUGAUAAGGCCAAUUAUGUCUGCAAGGACGGUUACCAAGGACGGUUUGAUCGCACCUGUCGAGAAAAUGGUUGGAGCAGACCCUCACAAUGUAGAGCUAUCACAUGUGACAGAGAAGAUAUCGCGAAUGCAGAUAUUAUCAACCCUAAAGACAAAUACAGGUUCAAUGAUAAGGCCAAUUAUGUCUGCAAGGACGGUUACGAAGGACGGUUUGAUCGCACCUGUCAGGAAAAUGGUUGGAGCGGACCCUCACAAUGUAGAGAGAGAAGGUGUAAAAAACAAGACAUCAGAGAAGCAUAUAUUUACCGCAAUGAGAGGGACAGUUACAGCCACGGUGAAAUAGCCCACUACCGCUGCAAUAAAGAUAACGAGAGACGUUUCAGUAUCCUCUGUGAAAAAGGUGUUUGGACCGGGAUUCAGAGCUGCACAGAUUGUCCGAAAGCUGAAGUUUCUAAUGGAUUCUUUGCUGGUCCGUACGGUGACAAACUGUACUACACCUGUAAUGAAGGCUAUAAGCUUUUCACCAGCGGCUGGUGGGCUGAGGCUGAGUGUCAUGAUCGCCGGUGGCCUGUACUUCAUCAAUGCAUCGAGAACAACGCAUGUGGAGACGUGCCUGAGAUCUCUAACGGGGAGGUGAGGUCUCUACGUAGUCAUCAUGCAGAAGGAGAAAGUGUCACGAUUACUUGUAAGAAGGGAUUCACCGGCCGGGUGAAGCAAUUAACCUGUCGUGCUGGAAAUUGGACUUCAGAAGGACUGUCACUCACAACAAUCUGUGAACCUGAUGCCGAGUCCUGCAGCCCUCCACCGAAGGUUCAACACACUGUUGUUGUGGGUUUGUAUCAAAGGGAGUUCCUGUCCGGCUCUGACGUGACGUAUCAGUGCCGGGACAGUUACCAGAUGGAGGGAGACGCCACGAUUAGAUGCAAUGAUGGGAAUUGGGAGAAGCACAACAUCGUGUGUGCACAAAACGCAGCGAUAACAUGCAAACUGCUACUGCCGCCACUCGAUGGAACCGAGUAUGACCCUUCUGACAAAAACGUGUUUUCACCUGGGGACACAGUCAACGUGACAUGUGCAGAGAGCCACUGGAUUUCUGACCACCUGCAAACAUCAACACUGGUCUCAUGCAAAGGGGAUGGACAGUGGUCACUCAUUCCCGUUUGCCAAGAGGUGACAUGCAGCAAUGAAAAAGAUCCACUUGUUCAUUCAUGGGACGUCUACUGGGGACAACAGAAGAAAUUGGGGGAUGAGGUUAGUUAUCGAUGCAAAUCAGGCUACAGGAAGACGGAUGGUGCCACCAGGGCCAGGUGCACCAGGGAGGGCUGGAAACCAGAUCCAUUGUGUGAAGCUCAGGAUCGCGACUGGGGGACAAACACACAGGAACUCAGCUCAGAAAACAGCUGGACUCUGCACAGCUGCGCCGCUGAAAUGCGACUGUCUCUAGUUCUUGUGCUGCUCCAGUUGUGGGGCAACGUGGAGGUUUCUCUGUCACAGAAUGUAUGUUCCAAACCCCCCGAUGUUCCACACGCCAUCGUCAACAACGAGACCAAAAGAGCCGAGUACCCACAAGGACACGUGGUCCAUUUCACAUGUGAAACUGGUUAUAUAUCAGGUCCGACCAUCAGAUAUAUGUGCUCGAGCGACGGCUGGAUGGUCCUUCACAAGGGGACGUGCUACUUGAAGCCAUGUCAACUUCCUGACGACACUCCCAACGGCUACUAUCAGAUUAUCAACGGCGACGACUUUGUUUUCGGAGCAACCAUCAAAUACUUCUGCAAUGAAGGGUAUCAAAUGGUGAGCAAGGAGGACACGCGCACCUGUUAUCUGGACCAUUGGACCAAUCAUGUACCAGUGUGUGAUGCUCUGAGCUGUGAGCCCCCUGCGGAUGAAGAGAUCACAGUCAAAGGUUUACCAGAGAACGACGAGCCCAUACUUCCUGACCGCUUCCUCGAAAUUAGCUGCAAAGUUCCUGGGAAAUAUCUGAACGGCAGCACGAUGCUGAUAUGUGGGAAAGACGGACAGUGGAAUCAUCCGCUCCCCACGUGUGAAGACAUAACUUGUGAAGUCGGAGAGAUGCAUCCUAGUCUCAGGGCAGAUGGAUUAUCAUCAGGAAAUAAAACAGUGAAGAUUGGACAGAAGUUAAAGUUUCACUGUGACGAUGACUACAGUCUGAAAGGCGCUGGACAAAUCGAGUGUUCAGAGACUGGGCAGUGGAACGCCCAAUUUCCAACUUGUACUGACAAAUGCAAAUUCACAGGAGUCCCGUACAACAUGCACGUCCGAGGUCCAGGCCUUCAACUCACUCAAGGACAAAAGUUGACGUUCUCUUGCCGCUUUCGUGGUCAAACUCUUCGGGGCAAAUCAGAAGUUAAAUGUUUGGCAAACGGACAGUGGAGUGAUCCCUUUCCAACAUGUGGAGAUCCUCUGGAUUGUCAGCAACCACUGCCUCUUGAAAACGGAGACACCAAGAACUCCAUGAAGUUCAGGUACAGACACAAUGAAGAAGUUGAAUACAUCUGUCAGGCUUACCACAUCAUGCAGGGAGGACCCUUCAAAAGGUGCAACAACGGUGAAUGGACCAGAGAGAUAAGAUGCCUCAAACCCUGCACUGUGGACGAUGAAGCUAAGAGGACACGUAACCUUAUGUUCAGGUACAGUGAAAAGAAUAAAAUGUAUGCAGCCCACGAUGAUUGGAUCGAGUUCUGGUGCAGCACAGGAAGACCUGUCGGCUCCGUGGAGAUGCGUCAAAAGUGCGUGGACGGCGUGCUGCAGCUGCCCUCGUGCCAAUGAAGGCUUUCUAGUCCAGUGGAUGUGAUAAACACUGAGGGGUCGUGAAUCAGUCAGGUCAUAACUACUGGAACUGAUGUACGUCAUCGUGCUGUGUGUCAAUUUAAUAUGAACUGUUCUGCCUCAAAAUGACAAUAAAGUGUGUUGUAGUGUUCCACUUUGACUUUUGUUGUGCUGAGAGGAAGAAAACACACAAUUUACUGUUAUUUCUAUGAGAUUCCCUGAGAUUUUUGGUAUAGAUAUGGUUGAAAGGGGAGAAGGUGAAAGUUUAAGUCAAACGUCAAUUUAGACUUUUUGCUUCAUACUGGAAAAAUACAUUAAUUACUGUUUGUCACGCCCUAGAAAGCCGGUUUAGGUUUUGCUAAUCAAUAAAAAUGUGUGUGAUAUAAACAGAAAAUGAUUGUUGCUACACUGAAUUUCUGUCAAUAAAAAAAUCUUAAUAGA